AUAAACUGCCGUCGCUGCUACUCAGCUCCCACAACAAACGUGUUGGGGAAACAGCAGGACCAAGUGGAGGUCACAUACGGUCUGUGUUUACAUAAACCGACCGCAAAAAGUUCGUUUCUCGCUUUAACUGGAUUGAAAAAGUGCGGAAUAAGUGGACUGUCUCAGCAAACUUAGCAAACCAGCUGCCGUUUCGGACCCCACCGAUGAACGAGUGCCUGAAAUAGAAGUUGUAUGGAGGAACUCCUCAUACACGUUUGACUCCCUGAAUCCUUGGACGUGUAGCUUAAUGCCUCAUCCUGUCUGCUCCACAGGCUGAAGACUGGGUGCCAUUGACAGAGUGGGUGAAUCCAAGCUGGCAGCAUGGCCCUGGUUCAGGCUUUGCCCAUAUCCGCUGAGCCCCCUGGGAGAGGGGCUGGAACCCAUAAACCACACUCGUCCAGCUCCUCGCCACCUCUCAACCCUCCAACCACCCUCGACCCAAUGGGCUCUGUGGGCAGCCUGAUAGCUGCCCGGCCUGGCCUCUAUGAAGACCAGUAUUCUGGAGGGGAAAUGGGAGCUAGAGUUAGGCGACCCACACCAGGAGCACCAUGUCUCAGUGCCGAGUCCCCACAAGAGCCUCUACCUCAGACCUCUGGUAGGGGGCAGGAAAAGGAGGGAGGGAACGUCACGUACCUAAGUGAGGAGAUUGGUGCUAUCUGGAGUAAAAAGCAUAUAGACAACUUGGAUGAAGUGAAAGGAUAUGUGGAUUGUGCGCCUCCAAAAUUGAUCCCAGUGUCAGGAAAACUGGAGAAGAACAUGGAGAAAACUGUUCUGCGGCCCACUGCUUUCAAACCAGUCGUUCCCAAAACCCGCUCAUCGAUGCAGUUCCUUUCACCUCGCCAUUGUGCCAAUGGAUCCGAAGCCCAAAACCAGCUGGGGCCUGUCCAUAGGGAGGGGUCACCUUCUUCCGAGCUGCGCAGCUCCCACAGCAGUGCUGGUCCCAACAGCCAGUCCUGUUCACUGUCAGAUUCUGGUCGGAAUUCGCUCUCCAGUCUGCCUCCUAGUGGCAGCGGUGGAUAUGGCCUGAUGUCAGGAGAGAGCGCCCACCUGGAGCCCAGUAAGAUUGGUCCUCCUGUCAACAGUCACUCUAACUCGGACAGUGGACGCUCAUCCUCCAGUAAAAGCACCGGCUCUGGAUCCUUGAGUGGACGAGGACAACCUCUUUCAGACUGCGGGUCCAGUGGGCGGUCUCCGGGGUCUGUGGAGUGCUAUGAAGGAGUGGUCCGAGACCUGGAGGAAAAGUUAAGGGACAGAGACUUGGAACUCCAACUGCUGCGGGAAAACCUGGACGAAAACGAGGCUGCCAUCUGUCAGGUCUAUGAAGAAAAGCAGAAGAGGUUUGAGCUGGAGCUGGAGGAGCUGAGGCAGAGCUGUGCCACCAGGAUGCAAGUCGCUUCACAGAAGGCCCAACGAGCUCAACAAGUCCUACAGAUGCAGGUGUUCCAGCUGCAGCAGGAAAAGAAAAAGCUGCAGGAGGAUUUUUCUCAGCUCCUCCAGGAGAGGGAGCAGCUGGAAGAACGCUGCACUUCCUACGAGCAUGAGAAGAUCCAACUGGGACCUCGACUUGAAGAGACCAAGUGGGAGGUGUGUCAGAAGUCUGGAGAAAUCUCCUUGUUGAAGCAGCAGUUGAAGGAGGUGCAGGGGGAGUUGGCCCAGCGUGUUGGGGAGAUCGUGUCCCUGCGAGGUCAGCUCAGAGAGACGCGGGGAGAGCUGACCAACACGCAGGUUCUCCUGCAGGAGGCGCAUGGCACUGCCCGUACACGGACACUUGAGCUAGAGGUCUGCGAGAAUGAGCUGCAGCGACGCAAGAGUGAGGCAGAACUGCUGCGGGAGAAAGUGGCUCGUCUGGAGGGAGAAUUGUCCCACCUCCGAAACACUUUAUCCGAUCAGAGUCCGGGACUCAGACAGUGCCAGAUGUUUCAGGGUCCAGAGGGGAUGCUGGCCUACGACAAUGAGGAGGUCCAGCAGACCAUGAAGCUGCAGAUGGACCGAACGAGGUCGGAGCUCGAGUUUGAGCGUCGGCGAGCAGAACAGCAGGCAGAAGGUUUUGAGGAGGAGCGGCGCGUCUGGCAGGAAGAGAAGGACAAAGUCAUCCGCUACCAGAAGCAGCUGCAGGAGAACUACGUCCAGAUGUACCGACGGAACCAAGAGUUGGAGCAGCUGUUACAGGAGUUGAGUCAGGAGCUGGAGAGCCGCGAAGAUGACGACGGCAGUGGCAACGAGAUCAACUUUGAUGAGGUCGCUGCCACGGAAAUUUAAUGUUUUCCAGCUUGGAGUUUUUGCACUGAAGUUAAUAGAGUUUCUGUUUCUGUCAGCAGUUCAUGAGCAGACAACUCUGAGUGGCACAAUCAUUCAGACCGUUUAUAAAUCUAUUCAUGUGUGUGUCGGAUUUUGAAAGUACAGUUUUUGACCUCAUGCCACGCAGCUGUUGAGCUUCACAACAAACCCUUCACCAAACCAUGCUAGAGGAGAAACAAUAGGGUGCAGUGCCAUGAAUCUAAAUGUUGUGGUUUAAGAUGCAACAGAUAUUCCUGCAAUUUGAAAGUCGUGUUUAUAACCGAUCAAAUUAAGUAUGUUGACCAUUAGAUGCUAACAUUCAUCUUCACCACUGUGAACAGACCAAAGUAACGUCACACAUUCUCUGUUGCUCCUGCAGCCUGUAAAUAAAUGUAAAGGUUUUGAUUGUCUGCAAAUUGUUUAACAAAUAUUUGUACGAAGAAGUGCGUAUAUUUUCCAGCUGUACAGUGAAAAAGGCUAUGAGGAUUUUCAAUAAACGCGUGACUGUACUUGGUUGUGUUUUGGGUAUUUCACGUCACAA